AUGAUGAGCUAUGUCGUAGAUCAGAGAACGAGUAAAGCAACUAGCUAGCUAGCUAGUAAUAAGGAAGAGAAGAAUCCCAAUCUAUCGCUGCUGCCCUUCGGGUACGUACGGCGGUUAGCCCGUGGAACGACACAUAGUGAGCGAGCGAUGGUUCUCGCUACUGCCGAGAGAGGUGGAGAGGAGAAGGUCGACCACCGCCCGGCGGCCGCGGCGGUCGUCGACGUCGAGAGCGGCAGCCUGUACUCGUCGUCGUCGUCCGUGGUGGAUCGGCAGGACUCGCUGUUCCGGGAGGCGGUGACGGGCGGUCACCACCGUGGCGCAGGAGGACACUCUCACGAUCAUGAUAGCUGGGGCACGACGCUGCGGCUGGCGUUCCAGUGCGUGGGCAUCAUGUACGGCGACCUCGGCACCUCGCCGCUCUAUGUCUACUCCACCACCUUCGCCCACGGCGGUGUUGGCCACCCCGACGACAUCCUGGGGGUGCUCUCCCUCAUCAUCUACAGCUUCCUGCUCUUCACCGUCGUCAAGAUCGUCUUGGUCGCGCUCCACGCCAACGACGACGGGGAUGGAGGAACGUUCGCGCUCUACUCUUUGAUUUCGAGGUACGCCGAGGUGAGUCUGCUCCCGAACCACCAGGCCGAAGACGAGCUGGUCUCCGGCUACACUUGCACCAGCCAUGGAAAGCCGCCGUCAGCCGCACUGCGGAGGGCUCACUGGCUCAAGCAUUUGCUCGAGACAAGCAAGUCGGCCAAGAUCUCUCUCUUCCUGCUUACAAUCCUGGCAAUUGCGAUGGUCAUCAGCGAUGCUGUUCUAACUCCUCCGAUUUCGGUGCUCUCGGCUGUCAGUGGCUUGAAGGAAAAGGUGCCAGAUUUGACCACAGACCAGACCGUGUGGAUCACCGUGGCGAUUCUGGUACUCCUGUUCGCGAUCCAGCGCUUUGGAACCGACAAAGUCGGCUACUCGUUCGCGCCGAUCAUCCUGCUGUGGCUGCUUCUGAUCGGAGGAGUUGGGCUCUACAACCUAGUCAAAUACGAUGCUGGUGUGCUCAGAUCGUUCAACCCCAAGUACAUCGUCGACUACUUCAGGAGGAACAAGAAGGACGGAUGGGUCUCGCUUGGUGACAUCCUCCUUGUUUUUACAGGAACAGAAGCUCUCUUUGCGAAUCUGGGAUACUUCAGCAUUAAAUCCAUUCAGUUCAGCUUUAGCCUUGGAUUACUGCCAUCUGUAUUGCUUACUUACAUCGGGCAAGCGGCAUACCUAAGGAAGCACCCCGAACAUUUUGCUGACACCUUUUUCAGAUCAACUCCGAGCGCUCUGUUCUGGCCGACGUUUAUCUUGGCAAUCGCGGCGUCCAUCAUAGGAAGCCAGGCAAUGAUCUCGUGCGCGUUCGCAACUGUUUCGCACUUGCAAACGCUCAGCUGCUUCCCGAGGGUUCGGAUACUGCACACGUCCAAGCGGUACCACGGACAGCUCUACGUUCCCCAGGUCAACCUGCUGCUUUGCGUCGCUGCUUGCCUGGUGACCGUCAGUUUCAAGACAACCACCAUCAUCGGAAAGGCCCAUGAGAUCUGUGUGAUCCUCGUGAUGCUCAUCACGACGCUACUGAUGACAAUCGUGAUGCUCCUGGUGUGGAGAGUCAACGUCUGGUGGAUCGCGCUCUUCUUCGUCGUCUUCGUUCCCACCGAGUCCAUCUACCUAUCCUCCGUGCUGUACAAGUUCACCCACGGACCCUACGUCCCCGUGGCCAUGUCGGCGGUCCUGAUGGCGGCGAUGGUCGUCUGGCACUACGUGCACGUCAAACGGUACAAGUACGAGCUGAGGCACACGCUGUCGCCGGCCAAGGCCGAGAAGCUGCUCGCCGAGAAGCGCGACCACCUGAAGAGCGUCCCCGGAGUCGGGCUCUUCUACACCGAGCUGGUGCAGGGCGUCCCGCCCAUAUUCCCGCACCUCGUCGACAAGGUCCCGGCGAUCCACUCGGUGCUGGUCUUCGUCUCCAUCAAGCACCUGCACGUCCCCCACGUCGACGCCUCCGAGCGCUUCCUGUUCCGGCAGGUGGUGGAGCCCAGGGAGUUCAGGGUGUUCCGCUGCGUGGCGCGGUACGGGUACCGCGACUCCCUCGGCGACGAGGCGCAGGACUUCGUCGCCGCGCUGCUCGAGAGCCUCCAGUGCUACGUGCGAGACGUCAACCUCUACUCGGUGCACGAGAUGCAGAACGUCAGCUAUCCGGUCUCUCGUGACCAGAGCUUGUCCCGGGAGAAGCCUUCCGGAAGGCACGCCGUCUAUGCUGAGGAGAUGAUCACGCCCAUCCAGUCCUUCUCCGAGCUGUCCCAUGGUGCCAGCAGCAAUCGUCUACCGCAGUUUCAGCAGGCAUCAAAGAUGAAUAUUGAGGAGUUGGCCAGGAUCGAGGAGGAACAGAUGGUGAUUCAGAGAGAAGCAGAGAAAGGUGUGGUGUACAUACUUGGAGAGACCGAGGUGGUGGCCAGGCCUCAGUCCUCGCUCAUUAAGAAGAUUGCGGUCAACUACAUAUACUCCUUCCUGAGGAAGAACUUCAUGCAAGGGGAGAAGAUGCUGUCGAUUCCGCAUGGCAAGCUACUGAAAGUUGGAAUCUCGUAUGAGAUCUAGAGAUCACGUAACGACUUUUCAGAUGGAUGUAUGGCAACAAGCACAUGCACACAUCAGCUGGGAUCUGGACAUGUUUCCGCAUGGAUUAUUUGUAAAAUAGUUGUACAAUGAUGUAAGUAUGUAACGUGUGCGAGGUAUAGUUAACAACCAGGAUGCUAUGAUGCUGCACAUACAUGGACCUAUUUGAUCCACGUACGUGUGUGGCUAGCAUUCGUGUCUUUGUAUGCCUCAUAUCUAUGUUUAUUAAAUACUUCAUUGUGUAUAUAUAUCUGUUAGGCAAUUCUUUCA